AAAGGACACGAAGAGAACGAACAAGACUUCACUCGAUCAUUUAAAACGUCUAAAACAAUAAGCUACGGAGUUUAAACCGAUCACUUUUUUGUCAUUCUUUACUAAACGUCGCUGUUAUAACAUGGCACUAAAACUGUACAGCUGAUUGGUUGGUACAAGAAUAAGUAAAGUGGUAAAGCGAAGCCAUUUAUUACUGAAAAGCUUCAGCAUUUAUACAACAACAUUUAGUAACUUUAAGCGAUUUCUAGAUCUCUCAUUCAGACCAACCAGCACACCCUCGCAUCCACCCACACAUGCCCACACAUCCACACACACACUGCAUGCAGAGGACAAGGUAUCAGGUGAAAGGGAAGAACUCUACAUUGUUUAAUUGUUAGAGUGAGGUGAAAUAAACACUAACACCCACGCCUCUCCAGCCCCCUUAUGUCUGCCCUGCCUCGCAAGCUUCUCAUUUUCUCUCAAAAUCUCUUCCCUUAAUGUCCACAAAGCCCAGAAAUCUACAAGGACAUGAAACUUUGUCAGCUUGAAGUUAUAGAUGUAUUUAUGUGCAUAAGGUCCUUAGUAUUUUAGGUAAAUGCUGUUUAAACAGUUAUUGGGCCACUAAUUUAAUUAUUCUGAUUAUUAUUUUUGGUCCAACUCAUUUAUAACGUUCCCUAUAACCACUUAUAGACCCCGACUUUACACUAAAGCCUGCAACAUGUGCAGUAGUGAACUAAUAGUAUCUCAUGACCGAAAUGUGUCCUAGCAGCACGCAUGUGUGCAGAAACGCUUGUCAUUUGAGCUCAAAAGUAAUGUUAAUGUGUGACUCGAAGGAAUGCACAUUUCACUUACCCCUGAGUUUGGGGGUGGCAGUAAGCAUUUCCACCCCUCACCCGAUCACCCACAUGAAUUCAUCACCUGUCUCUACUGGGCUUACACAUUAACGACUCGUCACUGUGCAAUACAACAAGAUGCGCGUUGGUGUCAUCCCGGACACACACUUGCGCAUGCACACACACGCGCGCGCGCACUCUUGUUGGAGUAGGAUUACUCUUAGCCAUACGUUGAAUCCCUCCUUCUCUCAGAGCGCAGAAACACGGCCCAGGACAGCUGUUGCGCAUCUGUAGUGCAACGGCACAGCACGUCACGUGACGUCUCUGAGCGCUUCUGCCACCUGAAUCGGGGCGCUAGAAUGAAACUCUGAUUCCGUGCCAGCGCGCGCGCUCUUUCUCCCUCUCUCUCUCUCUCUCCUCCUCCACCUCCCCAAAGGUUUUCUAGCGAGCUCCCGGGACUUCUGUCGCGCUUCCGAGCUCGCGCCUUGCUCCUAAAGUCCUGCCUGCGAAAUGAGCUCCAUCCUCUCCUGCCGAGACGCGCGCUUUGACUGCGCUUACUCCGCCUCCACGGCUCGCGACACUGUUGACGUUUCCACGGCAACGCUCGUCUCCCUCUGGGACACCGGUCGCUUGGACGACGCAGUUUGCCCGCGCGAGCUUCCACAGCUGGUUCCAGCCUAUGGCGCCCUGCAUGACUCCGUCUGGCCCGACCAGUUGUCCCCUCACCUCCAGCGGAACAAGCAGCUUCAGGAUACAUUGAUGCAGAAAGAAGAAGAACUCGCGAGACUCCAGGAGGAGAAUAACAAACUCAAAGAAUUUCUAAACUCAUCAUAUGUGAAGUCACUUGAAGACAAGUCAAAGAGGCUUUUCUCUGUUCAGAGGAGCGCAGACGUGCGUCACAGGAAAAGAGCUCUGCAUGAUGAGAGAGACUUCCUCAAUGUGAGUCGGCUGCUGCAGGGCGGCGAGGGAAAGCGGACGUGCCGUAACCUUUCUCUGGAGUUCUGUUCCGCCGACGAGGUAGCCGCUACGCCCUCGCUGGACUCCUGGGUUCUGGAAACACUUGGACUGCAGGAUGAGGACACCAUCAACACAGACAGCAGCUUUAACAGCCCUACAACAGAGCACACGGCUUCCUUCAGCUCUCCGGCUCCGAGCACCGAGCACUUCAGCCCUGCGCUGCAGGAUAGCACCAUGUUCAGCCCUUACUCAGACAGCCACUGUGAAUACAGCAGUGCCAUCGAGUCGUCAUGUGGUUUCAGUCACAGCAUGGACGAAAGUGCAGACUAUUUGAGUCUUGGUGCAUCAAGGAUGUACACCGUCACAUCUACAGGCUCGCUUCAAGGAAUGGAAUUGCCUAUUGGACACUUCACCCCACCUAAAGCAGCAUCAACUCCUCAGCGUUCGCACGUCUCGAGCUCAGAGAGGCACCGGCGCGAGCUCGGCCACGGCUUCUCUGGACCACCCGGGGACGAGACCGCGCCGUUCUCCACACGCAGCAGAAUGGACUUAGCUUUCAGCAUGUCGCUGAGUCCGCAGAACAGCGUCAAGACCCACACGUUCCCACAAGGACAAGCUUUUACACGCAGAGACUCAGAAGGAGGAUGGAAUUUUACCUGGGUGCCUAAACAGUGUUCUUAAAAUAAAUAUGUUACAGGGAUAUUAUUAAUCUAUUUAAAAUAAAAAUACAGUUGUGGGGAUGAUGGAGACUAAAUAUGAGACAAAAAGAAGCCAUGAAACUGUGAAACAAAUAAUGGGACUGAGUUCUAUACGAUACAGUUCGGUAUUUUUGAAGAAACGUUGGUGUUAUUUGUUCAGUCUGGCUCUGGAGUCAUUUCAAUGAUUAACACAUUGAUUAAUCUUUCGAUCGCCUAUUAGAUGCUUAGAAAAAUAAUCAUUAAUAAACUAUAAUUCAAGUGCGUCGUGUUUCUUAACUUUUCUCAACCUCCCGGAACGCAUUGGAACAACUUUAAAAAAGCGGCGACGUGUGUAAAUGCGUCUAAAUCGCUCGUCUCGCACAUCUGAUAAUAAACACUCUCUCCAAAGUGCUCAGCUCAGCCUCUAUUCUUCUCUUGAUACUCCUAUCUGGAUGUUAACCCCAACCUGUCAUUUCUUCUUUCACACCUGUUUCAGUCUUUCCCUCCUUUCCCUCACUCUUUCCCUCCCACUCUCUUUCUCCCACCUCUAAAAGACAAAAGAAGGAGGGGGGGCAGAGGUUCCAUGUCUCAGGAGAGUCUCCCUCGCUGAUCUGCCCUGUGGGUCUGAGACAGGCCGCAUCUUCCCUGGGGGAGAUCUAAAACGGGAUGCUUCCAGCCUUCUAUCCCUCCCUCGCUCAGCCUGGUGCUACCCACUCUGCCCCCAAGGGGACUGGGAAUGCCAGGGAAAGUUGGGGCGCUGAAGCUAGCUGCUGAGGAACCGGGUGAGUGGUCUGUGUUUAAUGACAUGGUUAAUCCCCCUGCAGAUGCCCACCAGAUUGGAAGGAGAAGAAGAGAGCAGGUUGGGGAACGAGCAAUAAGAGACCGAGAGAAAGAGAAAGAGAGAGAGAGAGAGAGAGAGAGAGAGAGAGAGGGAAGUCUCCAGAUUCGAUGAACCCAGUGGGUUUACAAAAGGGGUCAUAAAGGGGUCAUUAGAUGACUGAUGAAGCUGAAAUUUCCUCUGCUCUCACCGUACUCUCAUAUUGCAGCUCAUUAUGAUGAGAUCAGCAUAUAAUUAUAUGUUCUGUCUCCGGCUGCAAAUGGGAGUCGUAAAGGUCUAAACACAACACCAGCCUUCACAAAGCUCUGCUGAGACUCUGCACAGACUCGAUAACAGGCUAAAAUCUGAUCAAUUGCUUGACCUUAACGUUGAGGAGUGUGUUGUGUCACGAGGUUACAGGCCGAGGAUCGGGAAUGAUUCGAUGCCGCAAGCAUUUCGUUUGUACGUUCAAACCGAACACAAACAAAUCAAUUAGCUGCUGAUUUUGUGAAGCUUAACGUUGUGUUCUUCAUGUUGUGUCCCUUCUGCCUGAGUCUCUGUGGCACUUUGACCAAUAACAACCUUCUCAAGCUUCUGUUCACUCCUCAGUCAACAUUUGUGCCAAAGAGCUCAUUGGAGGACGUGCUGUUGAAUCCUGAAAGCCGAUUGGUCGGAACGUGUCUGGGAUGUUUACUGUAUAUUAAUGUGCUUGUUUUUAUACGUCGUCAAUACAGAAAUAAAGCAAACUCUGUGAUAUUUGGGGCAUUUUGCACUUUUUCAAAAUGACUCAAAUAUUCAGUAGAUUUGUGCAGGGACACGUCGUGUGACAUCAUCUCAACGCUUCCAUUUCACGUGUGUGGAACAUCAUGGAGUUUU